AGGUUUAUAGAGUAGCAGACAGGGGUGCUGUCCUACAAAGAGGGAAUAGAAGAGACUCUGACAAUGAACAAAAGCAGACAGUAASAGAGAGAGACAGAAAGAGAAAGACAGAGAGAGAUUGAAAGAAAGCCAGCCUGGGACAGCUUGGCACUAUAGAGAGACAGACGUUGGACUCUAGCACUCAUUUCCUCUCUGCUCCACUGCAAGCCCAACUCCUUCAGCUCACCACUGCAUCAGGAGAGUCAGCCCAUGUGGAGAGGGAACCGGUUUCUUUUUUUCAGACACUCAGCAUCUAGGUCCUGAGGCAAGGAGAACUGAAGCAGAAUCCUGCAGAAUUGCUGGAGGAGGAAACAUUGCAGUAACAACUUAGAGUGUCUGUGUGAUUAUGGAUGACUCCAGCUGUCAUUUUGAGUAGAGCGUCUUCCUCCAUCAUGGUACAGCAAAGGGGACACAAAUACCCAGCAGUUAUGGACAGUGAUAUGAGCCAAGAGGUUUUCUUGGGACUGGGUGCAGAUGACAGGGAGGAGGUUUUUGGACUGUUGCCCUCCAACAAAGACCCCAACUGGUGCAAGACUCCCACGGGUCACAUCAAGAGGCCCAUGAAUGCAUUCAUGGUCUGGUCGCAGAUCGAGAGACGGAAGAUCAUGGAACAGUGGCCAGACAUGCACAAUGCAGAGAUCUCCAAACGCCUAGGCAAGCGCUGGAAACUCCUCCCCGACUAUGAGAAGAUCCCCUUCAUCAAGGAAGCGGAGAGGCUCCGGCUAAAGCACAUGGCCGACUACCCCGACUACAAGUACCGGCCCCGGAAGAAGAGCAAGAGCUCCAUGCCCGUGCGGGUUGGGGACAAGGUCCCCUUGAAGACAGGCAAGUCCCACCCGGGUGGUCGCGCAUCCGCUUCCGCCACCUCCACCGCCACCAGCAGAGGGCUCAAGGUACGAACGCCUUCCUCCAAACACAGAGCCAGCUUCGACAGCAAUAAGUUCAAAGGUUACGAUGAGGGCAUCAGCGAUGAUGACACAGUGGAUGUAGAGUUGGCCAGUCCGAUGACGAGCCAGCCAGGAGGGCAGAGGCCAGCCGUGGGUGUCUUCCACCACCAGCAGGCUGCCAUGACCCCCGGCGAGCAGCAGACUCAGCUUGCAACCCAGCUCAGAGUCAAAGUAUCGACCACCACCUCCCACCAGCCCACCUCCAAGCUGCCUGUGGGCCUCUCCUCUGGGUCUCCAGUACCCCACAGCCUCCCAGAGUCAUCCCCCAGGGUGUCCUCUUCCUCUGAGCCUCUGGCUCCCAUCUCCUCCACUGGCCGCUCCUCCACUGGCCGCUCCUCCACCUGCCGCUCCUCCACCCCCACCUCCACCAGCUCCUCCUCCUUCGUGUCGUCGGCCUCCUCCGACGAGGAGCUGGACGAGGAGAUUUUGCAUAUUAUCUCCAACUCCAACUUCGACAACAUGCCUAUGGACUGCUCCACUCUGGACAAAGACUUUGACACUACAUUUCACACCAACUCAGGAUCCCACUUCGAUUUCCCUGAUUACUGCACCCCGGAAGUGAAUGAGAUGAUAUCCGGGGACUUACUGGUGCCCAGUAUCUCUGACCUGGUGUUCACCUACUGAGGCCCAGCAUGCCUCUACAGGAUUCUAGCUUACUGGCAGAAUAUAUACUAUUCAUAAAAGCCUGUGGUUUUUUGGUUAUAUUAUAAAUUGGACACUUUAUUUUGUAUUUUCUCAAUCAAGUCCGUAAGUGCUAAUUCUUCACUUUUCCCAGUAUGCCACAUCCUGAGGGUCUGGUGUACAAACAGUGAAAGGUUGCUUACGUCAAGCCUUUUAUCAGAGUUCAAAUAUUCAGGCACAGAACAGGAGACCAGCUACAAACAGACAAGCAGACACUGAACAGAUAUGUUCUUAGUAGAGGGAUAAUAGCGCUUUCAACAGUAAACUUAUUCAGUAUUUUUUCUUCAGUAUUAACAGGAGCAUGUACAGUAGCAUUUCCAUGUCUUUCAUAUGCAUUUGUUGUAUAUGAAGCAGCAUAACAACCAUGUUCUGACAUAAUCAACCAAACUCAAGGCAGCAACUGCAGAUUGAAAUAAAAAAAAUGCAUGUUAUCAACAAAUCAUCUGUAAAUAUCAAAGGGCAAAAAGGGAGAUCAUGUGAGGAAUAGUCCUUAUGUUGCAGCUAAUAGUCCUUAUGUUGCAGCUAAUAGUCCUUAUGUUGCAGCUAAUAGUCCUUAUGUUGCAGCUAAUAGUCUUC